CCAUAGCUGAGCCACAUGAGUCACAUACGCCCACACUUCCCGUCACAGUAAUGCAACACACAGAGAACUGCAGAAAGAAAUAGGGAGAAAAAAGAGAACAAAAAGAGAAGAGGACAGCCUGGAAUAAACAUGUUCUAGAACCAGCAUUGAACAGUAGAAGCGAAAUUGGGGUUGUAAGACAGUAAUAAUCCAGACAACAUUUGUGUGGUCAUGGAAGAAAAACCACUAAGCUAUGAAGAAGCCAUUAGAAGGGCUGCCAGUGCUAUUAAACGCUUUCCUCUGAUAGACAUUGAAGGUGUGCCUCUCAUGAGCACCAUUGCUGAAAACUGGAAAUCAGUUUCGGAUUUCUCUCCAGACCCAUCGGAUCUGCUCAUCGCUACCUACCCUAAAGCAGGCACAACCUGGACUCAGGAGAUAGUGGAUCUUUUGCUGCACAAUGGAGAUGCUGAGCUAUGCAAGAGAGCACCCACAGCUGUCCGUAGUCCAUUCCUAGAGAUCUGUGCUCCUCCACCUAUACCAUCAGGGCUUGACCUACUUGAACAAAUGAAACCCCCAAGAGUCAUCAAGACUCACCUACCCAUUCAACUGGUGCCUAAAGGGUUCUGGGAAAAUAAAUGCAAGGUCAUCUAUACGGCUCGAAAUGCUAAGGACAAUGCUGUCAGUUACUUUCACUUUGAUCGUAUGAACUUAACCCAGCCUGAGCCAGGACCUUGGGAUGGAUACAUUAACAAGUUUAUGAAAGGAGAAUUGGGCUGGGGCUCUUGGUAUGAUCACGUGAAAGGUUACUGGAGGGAACGAAAGGAAAAGAAUAUUCUCUACCUCCUCUAUGAAGACAUGAAAGAGAAUCCUCGUAAGGAAAUUGAGAGAAUCAUGUACUAUCUGGACCUAUCAGUUUCUGAAGAUGUCAUAGAGAGGAUUGUGCAGCUGACAUCUUUUAAAGUCAUGAAAGACAAUCCAAUGGCCAACUACUCAUAUAUCCCGAAGCCUGUGUUUGAUCAGUCCAUAUCUGUCUUCAUGAGAAAAGGCGAAGUCGGUGACUGGGUCAACCAUUUCACUUCAUCUCAAUCCCAGAUGUUUGAUGAAGAUUAUGCAAAACAAAUGAAAGAUGUUGAUAUUCCUUUCCGCUUCAGCAUUUGAUUCUACUUUAUUUCAUGCGCCUUUUAAAGUGUAUGUGGGAUAAUUAUAGUUAGAUGUCAGUAUGCUAUAUAACUAACUAUGCAUGCAAUUUAUAUAUUUUUUUUACCUAAAAUGUUGUUCACUAGUUUGCCUGCGCAUUCAGAGAUUAGAGAUAUUAGGAGAUGGGGAGGAGGAGGGAUUGCCGAUAAAAUUGAGGCUGGACACGGAGGCCUGAAGGCUGCCUUUUAUAUGCACAUAAUGAUGAUUGACAGGCCUGAAUGUUAACGCUCCUCCCAAACCUUUAGAAUUACAUAUGUGACAAUAAUGAAUCAAAACACAUAUCAAAUUUCACGUUGAAGUUUUCUUAAAUUUUCAUUAUGUGACAGUUAAUUAGAUGAUGUAUUUUUAUAAUGGUAAAUUAAUUUUGAGUAUAUGUACAGGUAUCAUUAAAAUAAUAAAAAGAUUAUUCAAUUA